AUGAGCUCAACGAGCUCAAUGAGCUCUGCAACGCCCACAACAGAGCAGCAGCCGCGGGGAAUACCCGCGGCGAAGCCGCCGCCUUCAGCCUUUUCUAAGGCGAAACCCUUCAUCGUCGGAGGCCUCUCCGGGUGUAUAGCCACCUGCUGUAUUCAGCCCGUUGAUAUGGUGAAGGUUCGUCUGCAGCUUGUCGGCGAGGGCGGCGCCAAGGCAUCCACCAGUCCUAUUCAGGUCCUCAAGAACGUCCUCAAAAACGAAGGUGUUUGUGCCCUUUAUAAGGGCCUAGACGCCGGCAUCACACGUCAGCUGACGUACUCUACCGCCCGUCUUGGGCUGUUCCGAGUCUUCAGCGACCGGCUGAAGGACAUGUCAAGGAGUGCAGACCCAACCGCCCCGCCUCCGCCUCUACCUCUAUGGAAAAAGGCUGCAGCUGGCCUCGCUGCAGGUGGAGUUGCAGCUGCCUUUGGAAACCCAGCAGACCUCUCCCUCAUCCGCAUGCAGGCCGACGCAACUCUUCCGCCUGAGGCGCGACGCAACUACACGGGCAUAUUAAAUGCCAUUUCACGGAUCGUGAAGGAAGAAGGAAUUCUGGGCCUUUGGAGAGGCAGCUUUCCCACUGUUCUGCGAGCUAUGUCGCUGAAUAUGGGAAUGUUAGCAACGAACGACCAGUGCAAGGAGAUGCUUGCUCCCACACUGGGUAAUGGAUGGGCGACGACACUAACAGCAAGCGCUAUAUCGGGUUUCUUUGCAGUGACAUUUUCGCUUCCAUUCGACUUCUUAAAGACACGCCUGCAAAAAAUGCGCCCUGAUCCGGUAACGGGAGAGUUGCCAUACAAAGGUGUACUGGACGCCGCAGUGAAGAUCACUCGGACAGAGGGUAUCACCGCAUUCUAUACAGGUUACCCUACGUACUACGUGAGAAUCGCACCGCAUGCGAUGAUCACACUGAUUUGCAUGGACUAUCUGGACAGAGCAUUCAAGCGAUACUUCUAG